AACCACCGGUGCGCCGCGGUAGCUGCUCCUGCUGCUCGGGGAGCCGGAGGGAAGCAUCAAUGCCUCCAGGUCUGCUCUCUCAUACUGGCCUGGACCUGUUCUCGUCAUCGGGCCUCCUGCGCUGAGAUAAUGAAAGGAUGGCCCAGCAGCACGGAGGGCUGACCGCCGCAGCGACUCGCCGGGAUGAGCAGCAGCAUCACCACCACACGAUGAAUCCAGUGGAGGAAGCAAGAGUGGAGGACCUGUCUCUGGAGGAGAUACUGAGGCUUUAUAGCCAGCCCAUCAAUGAGGAGCAGGCAUGGGCGGUGUGUUACCAGUGCUGCAGGACGCUGGCGAAGGGACACCGGAGCUGGAGGAGCUCCUCCGCCGCCAACGCCGCCGCCGCCGCCGCCGCAUCAUCAGCGGCGGCCCCGAGGAGGAUAUCCGGACCGGGGGAUGUUCGGAUACAGAGAGACGGGUCUGUGCGGGUGCACCAUCAGGGCUGUGAAGGUAAAUACAGCCCUUGCACAACAACAGAGGUAAUUGAGUCUUUGGGCAUCAUGAUCUACAAGGCUCUGGACUACGGGCUGAAGGAGAAUGAGGAGAGGGAGCUCAGCCCUCCUCUGGAGCAGCUCAUCGACCUCAUGACCAACAUGGCCGAGGCCACAAGGGAUGCCUGCCCCGACGAAGGUUAUGAGGCCACAGAGGAAGAGGAUGAGGUGGAGGAUGACCCUGACGACAUCUCCAGUGUUCACGGCUACAGAGAUAUCCUCAAGCUGUGUACAGUUCAUCUACCCAGUCUGUCAGACGCCCCCAGUCACUACCAGGCAGUGUGCCGGGCUCUGUACACAGAAACCAGGGAGCUACGCACUUUCCUGGAGAAGAUCAAGAGUGCCAAAGAGAACCUCCGUAAAAUGGAGGAGUCGUCAGAGGAGCCUGGCCGAGACCUGAACGAGCUGCAGAACGCUGACUGGGCUCGAUUCUGGGUUCAGGUCAUGAGGGACCUGCGUGAAGGAGUCAAGCUGAAGAAGGUGCAGGAGCGUCAGUACAACCCUCUGCCAAUCGAGUACCAGCUCACUCCUUAUGAGAUGCUCAUGGACGACAUCAGGUCCAAACGGUACAAACUGCGCAAAGUCAUGGUGAAUGGAGACAUCCCACCCAGGUUAAAGAAGAGCGCUCAUGAGGUCAUCCUGGAUUUCAUCAGGUCCAGACCACCUCUCAACCCUGUGUCAGCUCGCAAGCUGAAGCCGCAGACUCAGCCUCCUCCCACCCUGCACGAGCGCAUCCUGGAGGAAAUCAAAGCGGAGAGGAAACUUCGGCCGGUGUCUCCUGAUCAGGUCCGCAGGGGAAGGCUGGGUUUUGGCAAAACUCGCAGUAUGCCUCAGGAUUUGUUCCGUGCAGGACUAGAUGAGUUUAGUCCGUACAUGGGCAGGAGGACUUCCAGCUCUCUGUCUCUCACAAAUGGAACAGCAUCUCCCAAACUGGAGCCCUCCGGAUCCCAGUCUGUACCCCAGAGGAAAAGGCUCCUGAAGGCCCCCAGCCUCGCUGAACUGGACAGCUCUGACUCCGAUGAUGAGUUCGUUGGGCGCAAGUCAGCCAGCAGCUCCAGUGUGGCUACAUCUUUGAUGGAUGAUACAUCCCCAGAGUCUGCACUGGGGAAGAAAACUCCCCCCAUGUUCCUGCCCAUCUCCUCUACACCUCAGCCAGAGAGGCGUCAGACCCCCCAGAGGAGACACUCCAUCGAGAAGGAAACCCCGACCAAUGUACGACAGUUUCUGCCGCCGUCCAAACAGAGCUCCAAGUCUCUGGAGGAGUUCUGUUUCCCUGUGGAGUGUUUGUCUCUGACGGUGGAGGAGGUGAUGCACAUCAGACAGGUGCUGGUGAAGGCAGAGCUGGAGAAGUUCCAGCAGUACAAAGAAAUCUACAACGCCAUGAAGAAAGGAAAGCUUUGCUUCUGUUGUCGAACCAAAAGGUUUUCCUUUUUCACCUGGUCCUACGUCUGCCAGUUUUGCAAAAAGCCGGUGUGUUCACAGUGUUGCAAAAAGAUGCGGCUGCCAUCCAAACCUUACUCCAGUUUGCCCAUCUACUCCAUUGGCUCGACUAACACUCUCCCCAGGGAGAGGGUAACUGCCAUGGCUGCUAUAGGACAAGGACUCUCUGUGGCUGGAGGGCCGGGCCCGUCAGCAGAGGAAGGGGCCACGGCGCCCCCCCCUUUGAAAGUGGAAACAACAGCAGCGUCUAAAGGAGCUGGAAAAGCUUCUGGAGCAGCAGCUGCUGCUAAAUCUGACAAAUCCUCCAGUAGCCCGCAGCGCCACGGCAUCCAGAAGACCAUGUCCAAGUUUUCAAAGCACGGCUCUUUAAAGUCUCAUGAAGAACUGGAGCUUCCCCCAGAGCUGACAGAGGACUGGGCCAGCAUGGAGGUGUGUGUGGACUGUAAGAAGUUCAUCUCUGACAUUAUUGCCUCCAGCAAGCACAGUCUGUCACUGGCCACCAAGAGAGCUCGCUUAAAACGCAAAACCCAAUCCUUCUACUUGUCCUCCCCUAAAGGAAGGGAGGACUACCGGCCCUCCGAACGAACAAUCAACGAAAUCUGAAACUCUCUCUCUCUCUCUCGCUCUCUUUCUCUCCCUGUCUGUCUGGCUGCUUUCAGCUCCAAUUGCACAAUUAGAAAAACUCACUGGAUCUGAUCUUACUGUACAUGUAUACUUCAGUCAGAUAAAGCUGUCAGGAUGGCUGACGUGAACCUCGGUCGUGGACAGUGUAGUUUUGUUGCUGUGUCCUGAUCAUCGUGUACAGCUCCUCCUCUGCUUUUUUUUAUGGUGUCAUAGAUGAUCCUUUAAUCUCUGGCCACAGACUUUUGACUAAAGAGACAAGAAUAAUGCCUCAAAGUGGACUGACCCCAACCCCCGCCUCUCUCUCUCUGCUGGCACAAAAGCAUGGUCCAGCUCAACUCACAUUCAAAUCAAUAAGCACAAGAGUGAAGAAGGACUGAUGUGGUGUGUUUGACGCUGCAGGAGACACGAGGACUACAGAGAGAUGACGCUGUAAACUGACGGUGACACUCAGUUUACAACAGAAACUAUGGAAUAUUAAACUAUAGGUUUUGUAAAGGUUUAAAUUUUCUUUUUUACAUAGGGGUGUGCACAGUAAAUGAUUGUUCGAUAAAAAGUCACCCUUAGUUUUAUUUUGCUUACGAUGCUUAAUGAGGCUGUACCCCAGUUUCAUCUUAAGCAAGCGUUGUCUUUGUUUCCUCAUCUCAUCUGUUUUUUUGCAUCAUGUUUAAAAACAUCGUCUGUUACAUGCAGAUUUAGUGCCAAAUAAUAACUUCUCAUCUGUAAGUCUUUCCCCUUGAUGUGUGCAGUGAACUUACAACAAAAUGACAAACUGCACCAACCCCUGCUUAUCAAAGCCCCUGAAAAUGUGGUUCCAAAUCAGAUGAAAUUUCUCAUUAAAAUCGAAUAUAAAAGCCUAUAUAAGCAAUGCUAAAAGUCAAAGUUUGUUUAAAAGAAAAUAUAUAAACACCCUCAGCUAAUGUACUCACUCUAAUCUAAUCACCAGGACUAUGUGGGUGUGGUAUGUUGUGAUUUGAUCACAUUUGAGUGACAGCGACAUUAAGGUGAUUUGUUGAUGCAUGAUCCCUAUAUAAAGACCCUGAUGACAUCAUCAGAUGAGUAGUGCUCCCCAUAACUUCACGUGUAAAACAAGUGGAGGUCCCCUUUAAGCAAACAACCCUAUGACUGUCAUCAGAUAUAUGUUGCUGAAUCCUCAUUGGUGCAUCAAAGUACGUGACAUCACCUGUUUCCAACAGAGCCCCGUCCACUUCAAACCAAAAGAAGCACAAAACAAAAUGACAAAAAAACACAGAAAUAACCAAACACUGUGUUCAUGUAGGAUCCCAACCAAAGUAGUAAGUGGCUGAUUGAGAAAGAAGGUUUUCAUGGCCUUUGAAGCACUUAUCUUGACUAACCAUACCAACCAUGUUCAUUUGUAACAAUUAUUUUUCAUUCAUGUCUGUCAGAUGUGCACAGAAGCAGGCAUAAAAUCAGUAAUACCUACAGUACCAUGUCAAGGAUAUUUCAGACUUGCCUUUUAAUAAUUUGCAUGAAAUAUCUCCAUAUUUUUUAAAUGUACCUUUACAUUGAUAGAUAUAUAGUCGCCCAUAUGUUAACUCCUUCACUCCUUUAGUAGAUUCCUGACUUGUAAUACUAAAACCCAUUUGAUGUUUUUGUACUAAUGUACAGUUAAAAAAACAUAUGUUUAACACAUACAACAAGUCUUAAUGUAAUGCCUUCACGGUUUCCCUUCAUCAUUCACAGUCUCAUUGGCCUGGGUCUAUUUAUUCUUCAUCACAUUCCUCAUCUUCCUCCCAAGAUAUUUCUGCCUUAAAAAUUGCCUUUUAUGGUCACAAUCAUGUUGAACAGUCAUCUACUGUUUCUGUACAUACUUUGUUUCUAACGGGUUAUUUGUAGAUCAGGUGUGUGUUGCUUUGAUGAUAUCUUGACAGUGGGACUGCUGUAGAUCUGUGUGUCUGAGAGGGAAACUAUCCCGGGACAGUGUGUUUCAGCUCCGAAUGAAGGGGAGUAGUCCACAGAAAAAACCUCACAGUGUGACUGGCAGCAUCAUGCAUGUACUACAGUGUAGCUUGUACCUUCAGUCUGUAUUACCUACAAGCUGUAACUCCCUGCAGAGUUUGCAAGAAAUAAUGACUACAACAAUAAACAGAAAUGAG